AUGCCGUACGUGGACGCAUUCCGCCACCGGCUGGUCGACGACCUUGACGGAGGCGGCCCUUUCGCGACAACGGUGAGGAAGGCAAGCAUGCUUCGGGCGCUGCAUAGAGAGCCGGCAUUUCGGCACGCGGCAGUGGCGUUUGGCGCGGCCUGCGGGCUGGUCGACGGCGAGGAGUGGCCGCUAGAGAGGACGGUGCGGUGGCCAGUUCCGGCGCCGAACAAGACGCUGGCGUUGAGACACUACGGCCGGUGCCUGCAGGGCAUCCGCGGGCUGAUUGCCAACGGUGGUGGCGGUGAAGGAGGGAAUCUUGACGACGCGUUGUUUUGUGCGCUGCUGUGCAUCUGCUUCGAGCUGCGCAUCGGAACACCUCACUUGGCGCUGCACCACUUGGAGCAUAGCUUGAGCAUCAUCCAAGCCAACUGGACGAAUGUCUCCGAUGACCUGGUCCUGGCCUUUGCCAAGAUGGAUGUUCAAGCUUCCAUGUUUCUCCGGCACCGGGUACCUAGGACGGAUAUGGCCAGCCUCGCGGCCGUCGCGGACGGAGCGGCGGAGAAGGACGACGCGGCCUUGGCGUGCCUGCUCGGCAGAACAUUCCAGCUCAUCCGCGCGUACCCUGGCAUGUUUCGGCGCCUCAGCAGCGCCAUCCAGAUCCCUCGCUGCGCAGCCGAGGAUCUGGCGACCCUGACGGGCGAUCUGCAACGGUUUCGGGCCCGCCACGCCAUCCUGGAUGUACCUGGGCCGGGUACGACAAAGAGCCUGCCUCUAUCGCAACAAACACUGUGGAUAACGUGCCUGACCCUGCACGUUAUCCUGUCCUCGUGUCUGCGCGGCGAUGAUGAGAUGCUCUACGACGGUUUCUUGGCCCACUUCGAGGCGAUCACCACCAUGUCGGAGAAUAUUUUACGCACCGACGACAGCCGGCGCGCGUCCACUAGGACCGGAUACAAGACGUUCCGACUGGACACGGGCCUCCUGCACCCGCUGUUUAUGACCGGUCAGCUGUGUCGGCACACCGGCGUGCGUCGUAGGGUGCUGCGGCUGCUGGGUGGUGUGUCGUUUGACGAAGGUGUGUGGGACGCUUCGUCAGGCGAAAAGUAUGUGCGGAUUUUGAUGCGAUUGGAGGAGCAGGGGUUGGUACUGGCACCGGAGGAAGAAGAAGAGGAGACGGACGAUCUGGUAGGCCGGCCACCGAGUGUGAUUGCCGAAUGCAACCGGACUCGAACGCUAGAUGUGCAACCUACGGCAGCAGAGCGGUACUCGACAAUGUUUUUCCGCUUUGACCGGCAGACGGGCCAAUGGGAUGACUUGGUCGAGAGCAUCGAAUGGUGA